GCAGGUCCCAGCUAUGGGAGCCCGCGCCCGGCUCACGCCAACAUGAAUGCCAAUGCGGCCGCGGGGCUGGCACCUGAGCACAUCCCCACACCGGGGGCCGCCCUGUCCUGGCAGGCAGCCAUUGACGCGGCCCGGCAGGCCAAGCUGAUGGGCAGCGCUGGCAACGCCACCAUCUCCACGGUCAGCUCCACGCAGCGGAAGCGGCAGCAGUACGGGAAGCCCAAGAAACAGGGCAGCACGAUGGCCACCCGCCCGCCCCGUGCCCUGCUCUGCCUGACCCUCAAGAACCCCAUCCGGAGGGCGUGCAUCAGCAUCGUCGAGUGGAAAUAUCCUUUGCCAUUUGAAAUCAUUAUUUUACUGACAAUUUUUGCCAACUGUGUGGCCUUAGCGAUCUAUAUUCCCUUUCCAGAGGACGACUCCAACGCCACCAACUCCAACCUGGAACGGGUGGAGUAUCUCUUCCUCAUCAUUUUUACUGUGGAAGCAUUUUUAAAAGUCAUAGCCUAUGGGCUGCUCUUCCACCCCAAUGCUUACCUCCGCAACGGCUGGAACUUGCUGGAUUUUAUCAUUGUGGUUGUCGGGCUUUUCAGUGCAAUCUUAGAGCAAGCCACCAAAGCCGACGGGGCCAACGCCCUGGGAGGGAAGGGGGCUGGAUUUGACGUGAAGGCGCUCAGGGCGUUCCGCGUGCUGCGGCCCCUACGGCUGGUGUCCGGGGUCCCGAGUCUCCAGGUGGUUCUGAACUCCAUCAUCAAGGCUAUGGUACCCCUGCUGCACAUCGCUCUGCUUGUGCUCUUUGUCAUUAUCAUCUACGCCAUCAUCGGGCUGGAGCUCUUCAUGGGGAAGAUGCACAAGACCUGCUACAACCAGGAGGGCAUCGCAGAUGUCCCAGCAGAAGACGACCCCUCCCCCUGUGCCCUGGAGACGGGCCACGGGCGGCAGUGCCAGAACGGCACGGUGUGCAAGCCGGGCUGGGAUGGGCCCAAGCACGGCAUCACCAACUUCGACAACUUUGCUUUUGCCAUGCUGACCGUGUUCCAGUGCAUCACCAUGGAGGGCUGGACCGACGUCCUCUACUGGAUGCAGGACGCUAUGGGCUACGAGUUACCCUGGGUGUAUUUUGUCAGUCUGGUCAUCUUUGGAUCCUUUUUCGUUCUAAAUCUGGUUCUUGGUGUGUUGAGCGGAGAGUUCUCCAAGGAGAGAGAGAAGGCCAAGGCCCGGGGCGACUUCCAGAAGCUGCGGGAGAAGCAGCAGCUGGAAGAGGACCUGAAGGGCUACCUGGACUGGAUCACGCAGGCGGAGGACAUCGACCCCGAGAACGAGGACGAGGGCUUGGACGAGGAGAAACCCCGAAACAUGAGCAUGCCCACCAGUGAGACCGAGUCUGUCAACACCGAAAACGUGGCUGGAGGUGACAUCGAGGGAGAGAGCUGUGGGGCCAGGCUGGCCCACAGGAUCUCCAAGUCGAAGUUUAGCCGCUACUGGCGCCGGUGGAAUCGCUUCUGCAGGAGGAAGUGCCGCGCGGCCGUGAAGUCGAGCGCCUUCUACUGGCUUGUCAUCUUCCUGGUUUUCCUUAACACGCUCACCAUCGCCUCUGAGCACUACAACCAGCCCCACUGGCUCACGGAAGUCCAAGACACGGCCAACAAGGCGCUGCUGGCCCUGUUCACGGCCGAGAUGCUGCUCAAGACGUACAGCCUGGGGCUGCAGGCCUACUUCGUGUCUCUCUUCAACCGCUUCGACUGCUUCGUCGUGUGCGGCGGCAUCCUGGAGACCAUCCUGGUGGAGACCAAGGUCAUGUCGCCGCUGGGCAUCUCCGUGCUGAGAUGCGUACGCCUCCUGAGGAUAUUUAAGAUCACGAGGUACUGGAACUCCCUGGGCAACCUGGUGGCUUCCCUGCUGAACUCUGUGCGCUCCAUCGCCUCCCUGCUUCUGCUGCUGUUUCUUUUCAUCAUCAUCUUCUCCCUCCUGGGCAUGCAGCUCUUCGGGGGGAAGUUCAACUUUGAUGAGAUGCAGACCCGGAGGAGCACGUUCGAUAACUUCCCCCAGUCCCUCCUCACCGUGUUUCAGAUCCUGACCGGGGAGGACUGGAAUUCGGUGAUGUAUGAUGGGAUCAUGGCUUAUGGCGGCCCCUCUUUUCCAGGGAUGUUGGUCUGUAUUUACUUCAUCAUCCUCUUCAUCUGUGGAAAUUAUAUCCUACUGAAUGUGUUCUUGGCCAUUGCCGUGGACAACCUGGCUGACGCCGAGAGCCUCACCUCGGCCCAGAAGGAGGAGGAAGAGGAGAAGGAGAGGAAGAAACUGGCCAGGACUGCCAGCCCCCAGAAGAGACAAGAGGCGGUGGAGAAGCCGGCCGUGGAGGAGACCGAGGAGAAAAUCGAGCUGAAAUCCAUCACUGCGGAUGGAGGGUCCCCUCCUGCCACCAAGAUCAACAUGGACGACCUCCAGCCCAACGAGAAUGAAGACAAGAGUUCCUACCCCAACCUGGAAACCACAGGAGAGGAAGAGGAGGAGCCUGAGAUGCCCGUGGGCCCCCGCCCCCGCCCCCUCUCUGAGCUGCACCUGAAGGAGAAGGCGGCGCCCAUGCCAGAAGCCAGCGCCUUCUUUAUCUUCAGCCCGAGCAACAGGUUCCGCCUCCAGUGCCAUCGCGUCGUCAACGACUCCGUCUUCACCAACCUGAUCCUGUUCUUCAUCCUGCUCAGCAGCAUCUCCCUGGCGGCCGAGGACCCCGUCCAGCACACGUCCUUCAGGAACCACAUUCUGUUUUAUUUUGACAUUGUUUUCACUACCAUUUUCACCAUUGAAAUUGCUCUGAAGAUGACCGCCUACGGGGCCUUCCUGCACAAGGGCUCCUUCUGCCGCAGCUGCUUCAAUAUCCUGGACCUGCUGGUGGUCAGCGUGUCCCUCAUCUCCUUCGGCAUCCAGUCCAGUGCCAUCAACGUGGUGAAGAUCUUGCGGGUCCUGAGGGUGCUGAGGCCCCUGAGGGCCAUCAACAGGGCCAAGGGGCUGAAGCACGUGGUGCAGUGCGUGUUCGUGGCCAUCCGCACCAUCGGGAACAUCGUGAUCGUCACCACGCUGCUCCAGUUCAUGUUCGCCUGCAUCGGGGUCCAGCUCUUCAAGGGCAAGCUCUACACCUGUUCGGACAGUUCCAAACAGACGGAGGCCGAAUGCAAGGGGAACUACGUCACAUACAAGGACGGGGAGGUGGAUCACCCCAUCAUCCAGCCCCGCAGCUGGGAGAACAGCAAGUUUGACUUUGACAACGUCCUGGCAGCUAUGAUGGCCCUGUUCACCGUCUCCACCUUUGAGGGGUGGCCAGAGCUGCUGUACCGCUCCAUCGACUCCCACACGGAGGACAAGGGCCCCAUUUACAACUACCGCGUGGAGAUCUCCGUCUUCUUCAUCAUCUACAUCAUCAUCAUCGCCUUUUUCAUGAUGAACAUCUUUGUGGGCUUCGUCAUCGUCACCUUCCAGGAGCAGGGGGAGCAGGAGUACAAGAACUGCGAGCUGGACAAGAACCAGCGGCAGUGCGUGGAGUACGCCCUGAAGGCCCGGCCCCUGCGGAGGUACAUCCCCAAGAACCAGCACCAGUACAAGGUGUGGUAUGUGGUCAACUCCACCUACUUCGAGUACCUGAUGUUCGUCCUCAUCCUGCUCAACACCAUCUGCCUGGCCAUGCAGCACUACGGCCAGAGCUGCCUGUUCAAAAUCGCCAUGAACAUCCUGAACAUGCUCUUCACUGGCCUCUUCACGGUGGAGAUGAUUCUGAAGCUCAUCGCCUUCAAGCCCAAGGGCUACUUUAGUGACCCCUGGAAUGUCUUUGACUGCCUCAUCGUAAUUGGCAGCGUAAUUGACGUCAUUCUCAGUGAGACGAAUCCAGCUGAACAUACCCAAUGCUCUCCCUUUAUGAACGCAGAGGAGAACGCCCGCAUCUCCAUCACCUUCUUCCGCCUCUUCCGGGUCAUGCGUCUGGUCAAGCUGCUGAGCCGUGGGGAGGGCAUCCGGACGCUGCUGUGGACGUUCAUCAAGUCCUUCCAGGCCCUGCCCUACGUCGCCCUCCUGAUCGUGAUGCUGUUCUUUAUCUACGCCGUCAUCGGGAUGCAGGUGUUCGGGAAAAUCGCCCUGAAUGACACGACAGAGAUCAACAGGAACAACAACUUCCAGACCUUCCCCCAGGCCGUGCUGCUGCUCUUCAGGUGCGCCACCGGGGAGGCGUGGCAGGACGUCAUGCUGGCCUGCAUGCCGGGCAAGAAGUGCGCGCCCGGGGCGGAGCCGGGCGGCAGCGCCGAGGGGGAGGCGCCCUGCGGCAGCAGCUUCGCCGUCUUCUACUUCAUCAGCUUCUACACCCUGUGCGCCUUCCUGAUCAUCAACCUCUUCGUAGCUGUCAUCAUGGACAACUUUGACUACCUGACAAGGGACUGGUCCAUUCUGGGUCCCCACCAUCUGGACGAAUUUAAGAGAAUCUGGGCGGAGUAUGAUCCUGAAGCCAAGGGUCGCAUCAAACACCUGGAUGUGGUGACCCUGCUCCGGAGGAUUCAGCCCCCCCUGGGCUUUGGGAAGCUGUGCCCUCACCGCGUGGCUUGCAAACGCCUGGUCUCCAUGAACAUGCCCCUGAACAGCGACGGGACGGUCAUGUUCAACGCCACCCUGUUUGCCCUGGUCCGGACAGCCCUGAGGAUCAAAACGGAAGGGAACCUGGAACAGGCCAACGAGGAGCUGCGGGCCAUCAUCAAGAAGAUCUGGAAGCGGACCAGCAUGAAGCUGCUGGACCAGGUGGUGCCGCCUGCGGGAGAUGAUGAGGUCACGGUGGGCAAGUUUUACGCUACUUUCCUGAUCCAAGAGUAUUUCCGGAAAUUCAAGAAGCGCAAGGAGCAAGGCCUGGUGGGCAAGCCCGCCCGGAGGAACGCCCUGUCCCUGCAGGCUGGUCUGCGCACCCUGCAUGACCUUGGGCCCGAGAUCCGCCGGGCCAUCUCCGGGGACCUGACCGCCGAGGAGGAGCUGGACAAGGCCAUGAAGGAGGCUGUGUCCGCGGCCUCGGAAGAUGACAUCUUCAGGAGGGCCGGCGGCCUGUUCGGCAACCACGUGGGCUACUACCCCAGCGACAGCCGGAGCACCUUCCCCCAGACCUUCACCACCCAGCGCCCUCUGCACAUCAGCAAGGCGGGCACCAGCCAGGGCGACGCGGAGUCGCCCUCCCACGAGAAACUGGUGGACUCCACCUUCAUCCCCAGCAGCUACUCCUCCAUGGGUUCCAACGCCAACAUCAACAACGCCAACAACACUGCCCUGGGCCGCUGCCCCUGCCCUGCCGGCCAGCCCGGUGCUGUCAGCGUCAGCACCGUGGAGGGCCGUGGGCCCCCCUUGUCCCCCGCUGUCCAGGUGCAGGGGGCUUCGUGGAGGCUCAGCUCCAAGAGGUGCCCCUCCCGGGACAGCCUGAUAGCCAUGGUGUGUCAGGACGAGGCCCCUCGGGAUGAGACUUGUGACCUGAGGAUGGAUGAGGACGCCGAGUACGGCAGUGAGCCCAGCCUGAUCUGCACGGAGAUGCUCUCCUACCAGGACGACGAGAAUCGGCAGCUGGCGCCCCCUGAGGAGGACAGGAGAGACAUCCAUCUCUCUCCAAAGAGGGGCUUCCUGCGCUCCGCCUCCCUAGGUCGAAGGGCCUCCUUCCACCUUGAGUGUCUGAAGCGACAGAAGAAUCCAGGGGGAGACAUCUCUCAGAAGACAGUUCUGCCCCUGCAUCUCGUUCACCAUCAGGCGCUGGCGGUGGCGGGCCUGAGCCCCCUCCUGCAGAGAAGCCAUCCCCCCGGCGCCCUCCCCCCGCCGCCUGCCACGCCCCCUGCCACGCCCGGCCCGGCCUGGCCCCCGCGGCCUGUGCCCACCCUGCAGCUGGAGGGGGCCGAGUCCAGCGACAAGCUCACCGGCAGCUUCCCAUCCGUCCACUGCGGCCCCUGGGCCGGGGAGCCCACGCCCUGCGGGGCCGGCGGCGGCAUCCGGAGGGCCCGGCCCGUGUCCCUCACCGUGCCCAGCCCGGCGGGGCCCCGGGGCCGGCCCUUCCACGGCAGCGCCAGCAGCCUGGUGGAGGCGGUCCUGAUCUCAGAAGGACUGGGGCAAUUUGCUCAGGAUCCCAGGUUCCUCGAGGCCACCACCCAGGAGCUGGCCGACGCCUGCGACAUGACCAUUGAGGAGAUGGAGAGCGCGGCCGACAACAUCCUUAGCGGGGGCGCCCGGCAGAGCCCCAACGGUACCCUGCUCCCGUGUGCAAACUGCAGGGACCCGGGGCCAGACAGAGAGGGGGGCGCAGAGGACGCGGCCUGGGCACCCAGCCCCGAGCCCCGCCAGGGCGGAGAGGAGCCCCGGGACAGCAGGGCCUUCGCCAGCAGCCUGUAGCAGCCGGGCCGGAGAUGCCGGGUUUUUAUUUGUCUCCAUGUUCCUAAUGGGUCCGUUUCAGAAGUG